CCGAGCGGGAGUCGCCGCCGGCAGUGUCCGUGACCGGUCAGCUCGGAGUCAGUGCGCCGGGCCGCCAUGGGCGGCGGUAAGCCGCUGCAGUGGGUGCUGCGCCGCGGCCGGCCCGGCCGGCGGCCCACCGCCGGCAGCGGCACGGCCAGCGGCGGCAGCACGCCGCCGCCGGGAACCAUCAAACCCUUCACACAGGCCUCGCUGGAACGGCUCGAGACCAGGACGGCCGAGGCCCGCAAGCACUUUGGCGUGCUGCCGCGCCGCAACGCGCGCCUGCAGGAUGGCUCUGUGCUGCCCACCAAGUUCUCGCCGUUCCCGACUCACAUGUACGGCCGGCCGCUGGAGGAAUUCGACCAGUUCAUAUUCGAGGAGGUAAGUUCGCGUACUGCCACCGGCAGCGUAUCCUGUAUAAGUGUAUGGUCCGCCGUCUGAAACGCAUCACCUCGUUCAUCACGGCGUCCUGGUAAGUAAAAGUCUUGGUGGCUCGACAUGAAAAUUAUGCGACGGCCGCUGUAACGUGUACAAGUCACACCAUUCUCAUCAGAUCUGCAUCUGGACAGCAGGUUCCACACAUGACCUGUUGCGGCGCCGGGGGCGUCGGCUAGCGCUCACCCGUUCCCGUGCGCUGCGUCUCGGGCCGUCAGCGUGACGUCACGGCGUCAUCGGGCGGCGUCACUCGGUCAUCGGGCGGCGCCGAUCCGUCAGCGGGCCCGCCCCGACGGCGGCCGCCACUUCUGGUGCUGUCGCCCGUCGGGCUAGCCUUUCUGUGUCCGCAAAUCAAUGACAGCGGUAAUAGCCGGUGGCAUGGAGCCGCCAGUGCUGGCCGCCACUCGCCAGGGAUACGGGAACGGACGGCGGCACGGGAACGGCGGACACCGACACCGGCGGCGGCACGGGAACGGCGGACACCGACACCGGCGGCGGCACGGGAACGGCGGACACCGACACCGGCGGCGGCACGGGAACGGCGGACACCGACACCGGCGGCGGCACGGGAACGGCGGACACCGACACCGGCGGCGGCACGGGAACGGCGGAUACCGACACCGGCGGCGGCACGGGUACGAACAUGGACACUCAGAGCGACACAGCACGGGCAACGAUACCAGAACCGAGAGCGACACGACACCAGACAGUAGCAACAUCGCACAGCCCUGCAACGGUCUUUGCACCGGUACCGGUAACACGGGCGCCGACAUGCUACCGGCGCAGACAGCGACACAGACACAGGCACCACGGCACCGGCCGAAACAACGACACCAACACCAGCACCACCGAUAGCACCGGCAACAACAGGAACACUGACAGCAACACAACAACUAACGCCAGGGUCACUGUCACAGGCACCGACCCCGACGGUGGAAUCAAUGUGGCAUUGUGGCAUAGUGCUGCGGCAAUACAGUAUACUGCAGGGGCUCUCCAGGGACCCUUCAGGGAAAGUUCAGUCUAGCUAGUUGGUCGGCCCGACUGUGUAGUGUUUACAGUCAUGCAAAUAGUUUUGGUGUCGUCUGUGUAAAACAUAUCACAGCGACUUUCAAACAAGGCCAUUAGUGUUGUACCAGGCUUCAGAUACAGGUUCUUGCAGAUGGAACCGUAGAUGAAAAUUUAUUCAUUGUGUCUUUAUUAUACGGAUACAUUUAUGAGUACUUCUGAACGGACCGCUUAAUGUUUUCUACAUGUUCUUUUUAUGGCGCGAUUCAUGAACCGAUAUAUUCGCAUGCAUUGUGCUAAAAAUGAGCCUGCCUUGAUUUAUGUAACAAUGAGUGAGAUGCUCUGCAGAAAAGAAUGACAGCUGUCUGACCAAUAAUGAUAAUUGAUAAAUAAUGUGGAUAGUAUUGUACAUUCUAUGUCUCCACGUCUUCCACUAAAAUAUACCGCCACCCACGGCACGCAUCCAA